AUGAAGGAUUUGUUAAUGGUAGAUGCCGUGGACGAGGCCCAUGUAGUAGACGAGCUUGUCAAGCGCUAUCGCCAGGGCUAUGUCUACAUGUUCCUCGGCCCUGUGCUGAUUGCCAUGAACCCAUACAAGUUGCUUCGUCAACCUAACGGCGACUCAAUUUACGCACGAAACAUGAUUGACGGAUUUCAGGGCAAAGAGUUGCAUGUGUGCGAGCCCCAUCCGUUCGCACUGGCCGAAAAUGCUUACUCGAAUCUCAUGCGCUUUGGCGUUGACCAGAGUCUACUCAUCACAGGCGAAUCUGGUAGUGGCAAGACGGAAACAUCCAAGCACGUCAUGCGGUACCUCACGACUGUCAGUACACGCUUUCGAGCCAAAAGCGCUGUCAUUGCCAAUCGUCGUAUGUCGGUCGCCCAGCGAAAAGAAGUCGACGACAUGACGAGCCACGUUACAGACGUGCUGUGGGGCAGCAAUCCGGUGCUUGAGGCAUUUGGUAAUGCACAGACCAUCCGCAAUAACAACAGCAGUCGCUUUGGUAAGUAUAUUGUUUUGCAAAUGAACCGUGUGGGCCAGGUGAUUGGUGGAUACAUUGACAAUUACCUUUUGGAGCGCAGUCGUGUGAUCCGGCAGGCGGAGGGUGAACGCAAUUUUCACGCGUUUUAUCAACUUAUUGCGGGUGUAAGUGUCGCUGAUCGGGAAGCUUGGCAGCUACCACUCAGUGCUGAGCAGUGCGAUAUUCUUGGCAACGAGGACGCUGGGAUUGAAGGCGUUGACGACGCUGAAAACUAUCGCAAUGUGCGUCAAAACAUGACAGCUGUAGGCAUAACGGACGAUGAGCAAUGCGCUAUUUUCCAGCAGCUUUCAGCUAUUUUGUGGCUUGGUAACAUUCAGUUUAAGGAGACGACAGACGAAGCACACAACCCGCGAGCUGCAAUUGAUGAUCCUGCGGCUCGGGAGGCUCUGGUUAAAGCCGCUAGCCUCUUGGGCAUCGACAAGGACAAGCUCGAAGCUUUACUGACCUUCCGUAUCGUCAACAUUUAUCGUGAAGAUCAGAAGGUGCUGUUUGACGCUCGCCAAGCCAAGAAGGUGUGCGACUCGAUCAUGCGGUCGCUGUACGAGAAAAUAUUUGAUUGGAUUGUCGCUCGUAUUAAUCAAAACGUCACGUGCAAGAAGCGAGACAUAAGCAACAGUAUUGGCAUAUUGGAUAUUUACGGGUUCGAAAUUUUUGAAGUGAAUGCUUUCGAGCAGUUGUGCAUUAACUAUGUAAACGAAAAGCUGCAGCAACUUUUCAUCAGCCAGACGCUUGAGAGUGAGCAGGAAGGGUACCGUCGUGAAGGAUUGAGCUGGCAGAAUAUUACGUUUUUUAACAACCAAGUCGUAUGCGACUUGAUAGAGGACCCGAAACAGCAUGGAAUUUUCCCAUUGUUGGAUGAACAGUGUGCCAUUGCGCGUCUCUCAGAUCUAGAACUAAUCGAACGUUACAACAGUGAACAUUCAAAGAAUCCACACUACAUUGCUUCACGUGUGCGCGGCCCAACGUUUGGGAUCUUGCACUACGCUGGCAAAGUUGAGUACGAUGUUACCUUAUUCUUUGAUGCGAAUGUCGACACCUUUUUCAACGACUUGCAGGACGGCAUGGAACACUCGUCCAACUCAUUUGUGCGCGAAGUCUACCUCGACAAGCGAUCAAAGGAAAUGAAGCUUAAGCGUCCCCCAUCGACUUCGCAGCAAUUUCGUACACAAGUUGCAGAUUUACUCAAGAAGCUGGAUGGGUGCAACCCGCACUAUAUACGCUGUAUUAAACCAAACGAAGAUAAGCAACCGCUGGCUGUAAACAAAGAGCUUGUAACUGAACAAGUCCGGUACUUAGGUUUGGUGGAAAAUUUGAGCGUGCGCCGCCAAGGAUUCUGCUAUAGCCAGCCGUACGCUCCAUUUAUAAAGCGCUACAGCUUCUUGUCCGAGUCAACAUGGCCUUCUCCGGUCGCUCACUCUUCUCGCAAGGCUGCUGUUGAUUUAAUUACGACAGCUGGACUUGGUGUGCGCGAUCCAAACAAUCACAAUGAACUUAUUCCGUUUGAAGAGGAUUCGAAUACUCUUGGAUGUUUCUCUCUUGGUCGUAACAAGAUUUUCCUACGUCAUCCGCAGGCUCUUUCAGCCUUAGAAAUUUUGCGUGAAGAGCGAAUUCCAGUGAUUGUUAACAUUCUUGAAAAUGCUUGGCGCCGUUACAAAAACCGCAUGUCCUUGAGCGUGUUUCAAAAUACUUGCAAGCAACUGUUCGCCACUUACGAUGCCGUAUGGAAAAAUUGCCAGGACCGACGUAAGCGUGUGCCAGGUUCGAGCAACAAGGAGCGCGUGGCACAGCUGUAUGCAGAUUGGGAUACAGUGUCUAGUAAGCUUCUGUACAUCAACAAUAGCCGCUUGGUAAAAAAUCUCAAGGCAGAAGAGGAUUUGAACUCGAUCGUUUUCAUGCAGAGCUUUGCUAAAGCGCGCACGCAACGCCGCAAGUUCCUAAAGCUUAAACAUGCACAGAUUAUCUUCAGCAAGCGCUACCGUGGACUUCGAACUCGUAAACAGCUAUCUAACGACAUGUGGAGAUCAUGCAAGAUAGCACUCCUUGGAGUUCGGACCGAAUUUGAGCGGUACUUGGGCAAGAAAAAGCGUCGUCGUGAUUCUCUGGAUCGUAAGUAUCAGGGUGAUUACAUUGGCGUGAACAAAUAUCCAGCGUACGCAUCCAUCAUUCAAGCCCACACAGGAUCUCGCGGGUCAAAAGCUGGCAAUCCGAAAGAAAAGCUUCUAUUUCUUGACACGGUGGAAAAGGUAAAUGAGCGCUGGGCGCAUCAAACGCGUGUACUCAUGAUCAGUGAAACUCGUGUCUUCAAUUUGAAAGCCGACAAAAUCCAACAACCGAAAGAACGCCGCGUCUUUGAACUUGCACACCUCACCGGUGUGGCUAUGAGUACGCAACCGGAUAACUAUCUUAUAUUCCGAGUGAAGGGCGAGAUUGAUAUGAUGGUGCAAGUGUCGCAAAAGACUGAAGUCGUGCAAGCAUUGCGUGCCCGUAUGGAGAAGGGUUACGGAAGAGAACUUGCAGUUCAGUUUUCGGAUGAACUGGACUUUUAUGCUGCCAAGGGCAAGCAGCUAAAAGUUAAAUUUGUUUUUGAUCGGUCGAAAAAAGACUCGGAAUGGAGCAAAGUGGACCGCCAUAUGAUGCUCGUCAAGUGCCCUUACAUAGAAGCGUUUAGAGCCAUUUUCAUCAAAGAAGACAUCUCAAGAGUGCGCGCAUGCCGGCAAUAUAGUAUCAACAAAGCAUUUGAACGCAGCAUGUUUGCGCACUACAUUACGCUGCGCGCGACAGAGGGCGAGAACAUCGCUGUGAUGAUCGAAAACGUAGACUAUGACAAGACGGAAUGUCUAUUGAUCAAUCGACGUUAUGAAGAAAUGAUUGAGAUACUUGUACUGCGCGUCACGGGAUCAAAUCCACUACCUGCCGUUUCGAAAGCGGCUGCUUUAUCGUGUGAUAGCAAACGAAAGGGAUUAGGAAGGCGCUGA